UGACGUUUGGAUACGUCAACACGGAUGGCAAAAAGCAGUGAAUGCAAGUUUAAAAUGUGAUUUUUCCGUGUAGUCGAGUGGCUGAAAUCGUAAAACGUGAAAAUGCCAUUAGAUUCCAAUUAGAACGGAUUCCCGGUGGGCGACGCACGAAAGAUGUUCAGCAAGAAGAUCACGGACGUGAAGAAGUCGACAUUAAAAAUCCAGGAUGCGAAAAAGGACUUAGCAACCAGGGUGAAACAUUUGAAAAUUAUCCUGGAUAAUGUGGAUCACAGUGAAGCUAAAGGCUUAUUCGAGGCCAACUUUAGUCACAUAUUCCAAAUCCUGUAUGACACAUUUGUAUUGGCUGAAGGCAAUUUGAAGCAAAGAGAGCUCUCUUUUCACUUGGUGCACAAGGCUCACAAGGAGGAAUUGGAGGGGGCACUUUGGAUUCUAGAACAGGUGUUAUCAUUGUUGCCCGAAUUAAUACAUAAGAGAUGGCAGAUCCAUUCAUUGGGCAGGAUUCUGUCAAAGCUGUUGCAUCCAGGAAAUACAUCAAAACUGAGGCAGCAAGCUAUCAAGUUUUUUUUAAUGUGGUAUCAAGCUUUAAACGAGAAUGCUCCAGACCAGGUGCACCACAUGUUUGCGUCUAUAGUCCCAGGCUUUGUCGCGAAAUCAGCGUUCCCUUUGCAAGCGAGUGGAAGCGUAUUUCAUGAUAGUUCAGCCCAAAAUCCCGUCACACCCAUUGAACUGUUACCUAUACUCCCAGCUACUAGCUCUGAUAAUGUAAAUAAAUCAUAUAUGGAUAUUUUAUUGGAGAACAUGGCUAAUACAGUUGUGAGAUUGGAAUGGCAUGAUAAGGCUUCUCAUCAUCACCGAUGUUUUCACUUCCUUUUGGAGAGGUUUAAGAUCCAUUAUUUGCCGAAACUGUGUCCUCAGUUUUGCCAAGAAACAUCGCUAUAUAGGCCAAAUCUCGAAUUGCCAGUGGUUAGGAAACCAGAAGCGGAAACAAAGUAUCUCACAUGUCGCGUAAUCUUGAUUAAAUGGGUGACUCAUUACACGCAUCAAAUUAAAAAGCAAGAGUAUAAUAGCACUAAUCCUCCAACCACUCCAGCUUCGCAAACCUCAAAUAUAAAUGAUGACGAGAGUCACGAUUCUUCUCAUCCUAGUUUAGAUUCAAAUAUGUCAAUGCAGACUACAAAGGCACCAACUGACGAAGAGUUAGCUUCGCAAAUUGUGAGAGAAGUCUUUUGGUCUUCCAGGGACAAUGUUAAUUUUAUCCACGAGCUCUACAGACAGGCGUUUCUUUUGAAUUUCAACUAUCCUCUGGCCAUAAGAAAGACAAUUGUGAUGUACAAAGAUUUGAUACAAAUGAACGUACCGGAAGUCCCACCUUAUAUGCUCGAGCCGAUGGACGAAUCUGCCACCAACAGACAUUCCGAAGUUGAGGGAUUCAGGCCGGGGCGUCUACGAAACGAUUCGUAUUUAGGUGCUAUACAAAAAGAAAAUCUUUUGGUCAGAGCUGGUCUACAAAAUGUCCUACAAUUGUUCAUGACUCACGCGGCAAAUGUAUUUCUAUUGGAAGUGAAUACAGAUGUUCCGAAAUUACUAGAAGAGCAAACCGAUACCUGCAAACGAGUGUUAAAUAUUUAUCGUUACAUGGUGAUGCAUACAAGAAUGGAUAACGCUACUUGGGAACAACUGCUUGUGGUUCUUUUGCAAAUUACGUCGCUUGUUAUCGGCGAGGCUCAACCUAAGAUUAAACAACCCGCAUUAGGACGAAAGUUAGCUCCGGCAAUAUUUCAAACGUUAAUCGUUACAUGGAUUAAGGCUAAUUUGAAUGUGAUGAUAAGCAGGGAUCUUUGGGAUAGGUUUCUGGGAGUGCUCACCUCGCUGACACACUGGGAGGAGCUGAUAAAGGAAUGGGCUAAAACUAUGGAAACAUUAACCAGGGUAUUAGCCAGACACGUAUAUAACCUAGAUUUGACUGAUCUUCCAUUGGAUCGAUUAUCUGAACAAAAAAAUAAGAAAACACGACGGGGUAUUAGUAAAAUAGAAAUAUCUAGUGUUGGGAGUGCUGGUGGAUCCCAUCCUGUUGUUGCCAGGCAAGACUCGAAUGUACCAGAUGGUUCUAUCAUAGCGAAGCUAUCAAAACCAGGAUUGGCUAGAAGUUUUAGUGAAACCAAUCUAACGAAACGACGAUCUUCUACUAGAAAUCAGCAAAGGCACCCUAGAAGAUCCCAUUCGUUGGACAAUUUAAGGCAGCAAGAUACCGAUUCGACAGAUAGAACACGUUCGCCUAGUCCAGCUCCGUCCAGUGGCUUAGAAAGCACGUCAAUCAAAGAUACUCCGAUCCAAUUGGACGUUUUAGCUUCAGAAAAUGCCAGUAAUGAAGCAGGCGGUGAACAUAGAGGUGUAGUUUGCGGCGGAUCAGUCCGAGGUUGGCUACCUGAUGUCGCUGUUAUAUUGUGGAGGCGAAUGUUGGGAGCUUUAGGAAACGUGAAUAAAAUCGCCGAUCCAAAUUUGCAUGCUCAAGUAUUUGAUUAUCUGGUAAAGUUAAAUAGUACUCUGAUAAAAAUCAAAAUGAACCAGGGAAUUUCGAUUGAUAAUCAGAGUACGCCCAUCUCGCCCGAACUUGUACCACCCCUCACUCUGAUCCUUCCAUGGUGCUUCGGAGCCCUCAAUUUACCGCAAAAUUAUGAGGCCGGAAAGAUCAAUGCACUUCGAUUAGUCUGCACCAUCACAGUCCACUGCAAUCCGCAACAUAGAAAUUAUCUACCGCUGUUCUACCGAUCGCUACACAUUGCAUUCUAUGGCAAUUCAAGGGCUGCCUUGAACAUCGCUCUGAGACACUUGGGUCCAAGAUUUUUGUCGCUUCAAUUAGCUGGAUCUUCAGUACUAUCCUUCGAUUUGCUGCAUUCGUGUAACACCGUUCUUAAUUCUUCUGAUCUUUCUCAAGCAACGCCACGGACGGAAGCCGUCUCAAUUUUGGGUGGAUUGCUAAGCUCACCGCAUACAAACUCCAUGUCCGUUUUUCAACCGGAGUUAUCUAUAAGGUUGAUGCCUUACCCAGAUAAGUUAAAAGAUCAUAUUGUUGAAAUUUUGCUGAGAGCUGGAAAAAGAGAGCCGACGGGAAUGGCUCGAUGUAUUGCAAUAACAGCUUUGGGUCAUUUCGUAUAUAGAGAAUUAAUGAAUCAAACUUUUCAUCCUAGUGUCGUUGAUGCCAUGAACGUGAUACUUUGGUCUUUGAAGUUUAAUCAUAACACUAUUGCGAAAUUAGCUAGCAACACUCUCUUCUUGCUAUGUGACCACGCCGAAGUUCUCUGGAAUCAAUACCCAAGGUUAGCUGAUUCAGUGAUUCGCAGCAUUUGCGGUGCAUUAUUCCUUCAUCUUCCGACCUCAAAAACUGCUGGAGACUGUGACAAGGCGUUAAGUACAUCGUUGUUAUUGUGUUUGGGUGAAUGGUGCAUGCGUCUUGGAUCCAAUAAAUUGAUUCGAAUUUCCGAAUAUGGUGAUACUAGAGGGACAUCUUUACUAUUGCUUGUAUUCAAAGUAUUACAUGCGUUAAUAAAAGGAGAAACUUCCGGAUUUUCCGUUGGUUCCGGUCAAAUUCCAGAUGACUAUGAACCGAGCUUAUUUUUGGAUAAUUUAGAUAGUGGUCGCGUUCAGCAUUCAUCUCCGUCCCAAUGUCGCGAUGCUGUUGUUCUUUGUGCUCGUACUGUCCUAGCCCACCUUGUAACACACUUGGGUCAUUUCCCGAUGGCCAUAGGAGCUGCGCGGUUGAGUUCUUUAGUAGUUGAACACGAUGAUGUUCCUCAUUUAAACUCUGACGAGUUAUCAAUGGAUAUCUUCAACUCACCAAAUAUACAAUUGUUUGUUUUAACACCAUCGGUGAUUGCUAGUUUAGUAGAACUUCCGUCCUUAGAUUUACCAGGUGGAGGAAUUACGGCCGGAUUAUCCACUGCGGAUCGACAGGUGCGUGUCUUAUUGCGAGAUUUGUCUGGAAAAGUAAGCUGGGAUACGUCGAUCUUAUAUCGGACACCGGAAAUGUGUGGCGGUAAUCAAGAAAAUGAAGAGAAACCUUGCAAAGAUAGCAUGAUUUCUUCAUCGGGUUGUAAAUGGGGACCCAUGAGCAUGAUCCAACCUGAGAGUUUGAUGAUGCCCUAUCCAUUCAAUAACUUGCAACAAAGGGCGAUGAGACACAGAAAUGCAAAUGUAUUGCCUAGUGUAGAAAACGCGGCUCCAGAUCUAGAUCAAUUGGAUGAUUUGUUACAGUAUUUGGGACACACCAGUCCCGAAUGUUUGGAGAGUGCAGAUAGGAAAUUGAACGAGGCAGCUCCAUCCCCAAUAUCCCGUGAAUGCGAGGCCGAAGCAAUUGCUUCCGUUAUAAGCCAAAGCAAUUUAGAGUUAGAUGCUAUUCGCUAUGCGCAAAGUGUUGAUGCGAUGUAUGAUCAACCUGCCAGUAGACCAAGCAGUAGAAUCAGUGGAUCGAUUAGUUCUAGCGAUUUUAAUAUUAAUCAGCAUGGUUUGGUUGACUCCGUAGAACAAAACGCAUUUCAACAGUGUCGUUUACUCUUCUCGCAACUGGGCUUAGCAGGCUGGGAGCGCCGCAAGCAAUUGCAUUUACUUAAGAAGAAUGAGAGGCUUUUGCGGGAACUGCGAAAUUUGGAUAAUCAAAGAUGCAGAGAAACACAUAAAGUCGCUAUCAUUUAUGUUGCACCAGGACAAGAAGAUAAAAAUUCCAUUCUAUCGAAUCAGGGUGGCAGUGUGGCAUAUGAGCAGUUCUUAGCUGCUCUUGCCUGGGAGGUUGAGCUUGAAGGACAUACAGGGUUUUUGGGUGGAUUACAGCGUCAAGGCUCCACAGGGCUUACAGCACCUUACUUUGCCACCAGUUUUUUUGAAGUCAUAUUUCAUGUAGCUACAAGAAUGCCAGGGGAUACUCCAGAAGCAGUCUUGAGCAAAACUAGGCAUUUAGGGAAUGAUGAAGUGCAUAUAGUUUGGUCAGAGCAUGGACGCGAUUAUAGACGGGACAUUAUCCCUACUGAAUUCUGUGAUAUAUUGAUUACUAUCUAUCCACUCGGAAACAAUUUAAAUAGGAUCACCCUUAAUUGCAAGCCGGACGUUCCGUGCUUUGGUAUUCUCUUCGAUGAGGCUAUUAUCGAGAACAAAAUUUUAGCCGGUGUCAUCAGGACUGCAGUGAUAUGCGCCAGUAGGGCCAAAAGAUCCACACUCCCCUAUUACCAACAAUAUUAUGAAGAGAGAGCGAGAAGUUUAGACACGGUUGUAACUAAACAUCGUGAUGCAACUACCUACGAAGAUUUCAUCGCCAGGGUUUAUAGUCCAGUGAUGAGCUUGAAUUCCAUGUCGUAUAGUGCUUCAGCAGGCGGAGGCGAUGCCUCUUCCUCGUCCAGUAAUCCAUCUAGUCUCGCUGCUGCAUUACUAGAUUCUGGACAAUCAUUGAAAACAAGUCAAAGAGAACACAAAUUUAAAGAUUCGAGGGGAGUUUGGUUUAACCAUGCGGACAACGUGGAAUCAACGAGUAUAUCCCCGAGGCCACUAAAGAAAUUACAAACAACAUUGAAGAAUGUUCCAAGAAGAUCCAUGAAACAAGAUCAGCACCAUUCCAGUGACAAUCCGCCGGAGAGUCCUACGCAAUCCAUGCGGAAAAAAUGAUACAUCCUCAAUCGAGACUAAAUUUUGAACAAGACUGUAAAAUAUAUGAAAAAAAGCGAAAUAAUUGAAGGUAAACUUUAUAUACUAUUUCCAAUUUCAACUUAGACGUGCAUUUUACAAAAGGAAGUACUUGUUCGUUUUUCAAUUAUUUGUAUAUAUACUCGAUAUGAUUGUAGUUAUAAGAUUUUAGAACGAGAAAUUAGUGGAACGGUCACAAUCCAAGAACAUUGCUCUAACACAAAGAUCCAUAGUUGCGCCACUUGAAGGAAUACACCCAACAGUAAAACACACUUUUAUUUGGAUUAAAAAUCUUUUUUUUAUUAAUUUUCUUUUAAUUCGGCAAUUACUUAAGAAUUAACCAAAGUAUUAAUACUAUAUAGUGCACGUUAGUGAUUUUAAUUGAAGUGGCUUUAAAAUUUUUAUAAAUUCCAUUUUAAUGUAAUUGUAAUUACUUUGUUUCUUGCACUGUCCUCUGUAUAUAACGACAAUAUAUAUAUAUAUAUAUCAAAUAUGAUUUUGAUUAAGCUUCUUAGCAAUGAAAACAAGGAAACAAAGAAGUAUGAGAAAAAGGUUUUAAGGAAUGUAUUGUGUACAUAUUUAUAUAAUAUUUUGUUAAAACUUCUUGCUAAUAGCACACAGUAUUAGGUAAUAUUUAUUCAUAACUAGCUUCAAAAUACUAUAUUUAUAAAAGGAAACCAUCCCAUGGUUCAUUUGUAUAGAAUGUAAGAUAUUUUUUAAGUAACACUAUGUACUUAUUUAUACAACCGUAAAGAAAGUUAUAUAUA